AUGAUCGAUGGCACUCCUCGAUCUCGUCGAACUGUAACCCGCCAGAAUUAUGCCUUAUUGGAUAACCCUCAUCGACGCAUUGCUCGCAGCCGCUCUACCUCCCUAAUUCCUGAGACUCACCGUCCUAUUCGAGAGAGAUCUCCUACUCCUUCAACCUCUCAAGAGACUGUCACACCCUCUGAAUCAGCUUCAAAUCUAUCAGCUCGAAUCCCUGAUAUUAUGAAGAAGACCUGGGGGAGGAAAUCUCGGACUGGUGCCCAACAGAGAUGGAGCCCCUGCUAUGAACACUUUGAGAAUAUCGAUCUAGACAAAUUUUAUUACAAAAAAGAGGAUAAGGCGCGAAGAUUUGCAUAUCAAGAUAAGGCACCUAAUAAGAAGUAUAUUCUUACCGUUAUUUGCCAUUGGGCUACAGAGGACUUCGAAGAUCGCCAGCUCGUUAUUUAUUUUGGUCAUCUCAAGGGUUCCCACACUGGGGAAAACAUGGCCAAAGAGAUUCAAGAAGUGCUUCAAAACUUUGAUCUAGAGCAGAAACUCGUGGCUAUCUGCGGCGACAAUGCUAGUAAUAACCCUACACUCUGCCGCUCUCUUCACAAGCUCCUAAAACAGCAAUUUGUUGACUCAGUUCGAAAAUUGAAUCUACUAGGUGAAGACUGCAAAUUAAUAUGUUUUAGAGGUGACGAGAGCUUUGUCCGCUGCCUAGUACAUGUGCUGAAUUUAAUAGCUAAAUCAAUGCUAAAGAUAUUUAAAGUAGGCUCAUACCAAGAAGCAAAGAGGGUUAUCAAACAGAUGAGCAUUGAUAAGAGGGAAACAUUCCAAACUGAGGAAAUACCACAGUCUGCAAUUUCUCGACUACGAUUAAUUGUUAUGUGGAUACUAGCUAGCGAUCAGCGAGUUAAUAAAUAUAUGGAAUAUGCCUCUGUUGCCCUCGACUACAAUGUUGAUACUCAAUGGAAUGCACUUCUAAAAAUGCUUGAGAUAGCAAUUCGAGAGCGGUCUGCAAUUAAUUGCAUGUGCAAGGAGUAUAAGCUAUUAGAGCCUCUAGUACUAUCAGAGCUCGAAUGGAUAUUUCUUGGAAACAUUUAUCAAGUCAUGCUUCCUCUCUAUAAGAAGACCCUCUUGGUUUCACAGACCAACCCAACAAUUUUCCAAUCUGCAGAGACUUAUUAG